UCAUAUAUAAUAUUUUACUUCCUUUUUGAAGUUGGCUAACGUUUCUUAUCAGCUUUUAAUUUUGUAAUAUUCGGUGUAAACAGUUCUUUCAUUACAUCAUCCUUGAUUAGUAUUGACAUGUGAUAUCUGUUGUGUUGCCCUAAAAUUAAUUGAUUAAAACAUUCCGUCUCCAAUGGUAUUUGAUGACAACUUAUGCAAAAGAUUAAAAGGGCGGGAUUGUGACAAGAGCAAAUAAAAGUUAGCACAGAAUAUCAUGGAAGCAAAAUCUGAUUGGCAAAUAGGAAAAUCACUCUCAGAUCGAAUGAAGUACAUGUUAGAUAACCAGCUUAUGUGUGACGUCACCUUCCACGUCGGAAUAGACAAGACACCAAUCAAGGCCCAUAAAUAUAUGCUGGCUAGUUCCAGUCCUGUAUUCUACAGCAUGUUUGAAGGACCACUGGCAGAAAAAGGGACUGUUGAAAUAGCUGAUAUGAAACCGGAAUAUUUUAAUAUGAUCUUACUGUUUCUAUAUACAGACAAGAUUACUGUCGAUUCUAAUAAUAUAAGGAGCCUUUUGUAUGGAUCAGAAAAGUAUAUGCUACAGCUAUUGAAAGAUGAGUGUGAUGCAUUCUUAGCCUCGAAUGUGGAUAUUGAUCAUGCAUGUGUUGUCUUGCAGAUAGCACAUGACUUCAACAUGGAAGACUUAAAAACGAAAGCAUUGCAUUUCAUUUUCGAAAACGGUAGUAGAAUUCUUGAUUCAAAAGAUUUCUUAAAUUUGUCAGCGGAAUGUCUUACACUAUUACUUAAUUCUGAUAAAUUCCGUUGCGAAGAAGAACACAUUUACCAGCAAAUGGUACAAUGGGGUCAACAUAAAUGCAAAGAUAAAAGUUUACCGGCAACGGAUGAGAACGUAAGAGAAUGUCUUGGUGAUUUGUUAUAUCUCAUACGUUUUCCCGUCAUGAAACCUAAAUAUUUUACGGAGGAAAUUUCUUGCAAAAGUGUACUUACUGCGACCGAGAUAGUCAAAGUUUUUCAACAUUUUAAUGAUAAAACAACAGAUAUCUUCCCUUCAAAAAAGCGCAUUUCUAAAAUUAAGAUUGAAAGGUGUCAACUGAACAAGAAAUCAAGUUGGACUUGCAGUGGACUAGAUGAUUGUAUUGACUUCAAAACAUCUUUUAAUGCAAAACUCUCGGUGGUCCUCUUGUUCGGAUCGACAACAUAUUCUGGAACUGAUAAUGUAAAGAUAAAUAUCGCACGUAAUUCUGUAAUCCUAAGUACAACGCAAACUGUAUUGACAUCCAGUGCAGGCCAUGAGAUUUAUAAAAUCAAGUUGAAUCCUCCUGUCCAUGUAUUAGCGAAUAACCAAUAUACCAUACAAGUAAAUAUCACCGGACAAAGUACCUUCAAGGGCAAGGAGUAUAUUCGGAAUGUAACAACGGAAGAAGGUUUUUCGGUCAAUUUUCUGCCAUCAUCUUUGCCAUCGACUAACAGUACAAGCAUAUCAAAUGGACAAAUUCAAGGACUUUUCUUUGAUUUGUAAUUUCGUUUACAAUUAAGAAAUUCAUUAAUACGUGAAACCAAAAAAAAAAUAUAGUUGUAUAACUCACAUUUACGAAUAGUAAAAUGGAUAAGGAAGUGUUAAUUCGCAUCUAUCUGUGUUGAUCAGGAAUAAUUUGUUAAUAAACGUCAAUGAGACAGCACCAAAAGAUACAAACUGGAAAAGACUAUAGAGUUCAACAUACGGUCAUCUAUAAUAGACUAAUGUUUACAAAAUGCAACGAGCUCUUACUCUCCUUGUCCACGAGCAGUAUACAGCAGAAACUAAGAAAUUAAAACACGGACUACUCACUAGUACGUUAAUUUAAAAUUUUGUGCGUUCAUUUAUUAUAAUAAUUGCGAUUGUUGGAAAAUCGACACACAUGCGAGUUUAAUUAUUGCGAUUUCAGGAAAUGCUGCAUACACAUUAUGCUAUCAAAAUUUAAAAUAUGAUUUUUUUAUCUUUGCGACACCUAUCUCGUCGCAAACGCUAUGAUAAAAUUAACGCAAAAUUUCUGAUUUAACAGUACUAAAGACUAUUCCGACGUUCUUCAUUAGAAAGAUUCUUACGACACAAGUUUUCGGGGUCAGAACUUCUCGUUUUUGUAAUUCUUUUUUCACUGCAUGCGCUUCUACUUGUAAACGUUUGACUUGGUUACGGGUGCUGAUGUUGCUAGAACACAUGAAGAAACUUCAGGCGAACUACACUGUCUGUCACUGUCUGUCACAGAUUUAUCCACAUCAUGUUUAGGGGCGCAAAUUUUUGCUGCUUAUGAUAUUUUCACAUAUGUUAACUGUUGCGUUGCCAGAACCAUCUUAUAUUUUUAAUAAAGAUGGGCAAGCAUUA